AAACAAAGGAGUAGUGUAGAAAAAGGAACCAGGGGAAUACAAAACAAAAGCUGUUGUUUUCUCUCUCUAGAGACCCCAUCUCUAGAAAGAGAAAGCAGGAGGAGGAGGACAAGCAAAGCUACCGGCCGGCCAGACCCUAAAGAUUGACCUGAUCGAGAUUGCAUAAUAAGAGAAUUUGCAGCAAGAUAUGGCUGCUGGAUCCUAGAGGUUCUGUUUGUGUGCUCAAGCCAAGCAUGAUGGGUGGAGGGGAAUUCAAGAGCUCUUUGCUGCAGCAGAUGAUGUGGAGUGGUGGUACAGACAGCAAGAAUAUGAUGAGUAGUUUGAUGCCUUGUGCCGAGGAGCAAGAAGCCUCCAACAAGAUACCUCCCUGCUUAUCUUCUUCUUCUUCCGUGCUCCUCCCCCAGCACCUCCUUCAAAUCUCUUCUGGUCAGCUGCCUCCUGAGGUGAACAGCACUACAACUUCUCUGGCAACCAGCAGUGAUCUGCAUGAUGGGCGGGAGAGCAACAUGCCGGAGUCAUGGAGCCAGCUGCUUCUUGGGAGAUUAGUUGGAGAUCAUGAGAGAUACAGCGCUGCCACAGCUCUACUGUCCAAAAGAUUAGAGGAAGCCGGACCUAUGCCUCAGGCUGCAGCAGCAGCUUACAAUCUCUAUGGCCAUGGUGGUGGUGAGGAGAUCCAGCAGACAUCGGGGACCAAUAAAUCUCAGGUGAGCCAGCAGACGCUCUUGGCGUCCUCUCCUAGGUCAUGCAUCACCACAAGCCUCGGCAGCAACAGGCUAGACUUCUCAAACAGCACAUCAGUGCAGGCACCGGAGGUGAAGAAUCAUCACUCUGAUAACUCUUCUGAGGGCAACAGCACUGCAAGUGGUUCAGCUCCAAAGAAGGCUAGGGUUCAAACCUCUUCUUCAGCACAAUCUACUCUUAAGGUAAGAAAGGAGAGGCUUGGGGAUAGGAUAACAGCGCUUCACCAGAUCGUAUCCCCAUUUGGCAAGACUGACACUGCCUCCGUACUACAGGAGACUAUUUGCUACAUUAGGUUCCUCCUGAGUCAAAUUGAGGCUCUCAGCUUCCCCUACUUGGGAGGCCAUGGCAACGGGAACUCCAUGCAACAACACACCGUAGCUACUGAGGAGGUAAAUGGCGGCGGCGGUGACGAUGAGGGCUCCAGCAAGGAUUUGAGGAGCAGAGGGCUGUGCCUGGUGCCGGUGUCCUGCACGUCGCACCUCGCCGGCGACGACAGCGGCGCCUCCGACUUCUGGGCGGUGGCCGCGGCGCCACCACCUCCGCCGCCGCUCGGCGGCAUCAUCUGGCGAUAGGGGACGACCAUGCAUGCAUAUGCAUCGAUCUCCAUUUCAUGCAUAUAUAUAUAUAUAUACCGCGUAGAUAUUAUAUAUUACUUUCUUUCUGCUCGCUGGUGUCCGGCCGGUUGCUACUUGCUAGCUUCAUCUCUAGCUAGCUACCAUGAGUUGUUAGUAUUCACCAUGGACUACAAUGGAGCUAGCUAGCGAGCAGCUACCAGCUGGCUGUAUCGUUGAUGAUGAUGGAGCACGAGCACAUAUCAUCAGGAGCCGUCAUUCUGUCGCAUGCAUCAGCUAGUAGGAUGAUUGCUCUUGAUGCUAUGAUGCAUAUAUACCUUUAAUUCUUGAGAGAUAUUUUAUAUAGUACAUAUAAUGUGUAUAUGUGUGGGCUGUUACACGACUAUGUCCCUGCUAUGUACCCUUUAAUGAUAUAUAAUAUGUACGCAUCGAGGAAUUAAUUUUUAUACUA